AUGUCUCGCUGCUUCUCGCCCUUCCGCCUCUUUGUCCCCGUUGAGUUUCUCUCUUCUUCUUCAGGAUGGAUCGCGGGCUGGCAACUGGGCGAGAGGACGUGCGUGGUGGCUGCCCUGCUUCCGCCGCUGCCGCUUGACCUCGCCGCGCGCCUGCUCGCCCCUCAGAGAGUCCUGACGGCUGACUGGCCGCAGGAGAGAACGCCUGCGCAAGAGAGUUCUCGUGAAAAAAGAGCUGGAGCCGAAGGAGCGGGGAUCGUCGGCGGCGCGUUCGGAGGACGCCCUCGAGGCAACGGGGGAGGCAGUCGGGCGACGACCCGCGACGGCGCCAGAGACAGCCCAUGCGGCAGAGGCCUUCCGCCAGUGGCACACAUCCCUGCAGCGAAAGUGGGAUCGCCUGCGGCAUCCGUCCCCUCGCUGCUCGAGCUGGAAAGAAACGGAACGCGCGCUCGCGGCGGGGCUCCUCUUUGCAUUGUCGGGUGGUGGCGAGGCCUGGAAGACGCCGACCCGCCCGCGUCGGUCCGAGGUUGCGUUGCGCUCGGCGCCUGUCGCCAGCUGAGCGAGAGCCCAGAGUCUUCCUCGUCCUCCUCACAGCGCCAGGAGCCGACUGGCGAGGGGCGCGGGGGAAACACGGCGAGCCGUGGGCGUCCUCCGCAGGCCGGCGGUUCUGGCGCGAGUCGGCGCUUGUCUGUCGAGAGAGCAUUCUCCUGGGCUGUCGGGGGAUCUGUGUGGAUCGAGGUGUCGAUUCCCCCGGAAACGGGCCUUCCCUUUCCGGCUCUGUCGCGCCUGUUGCGCGGGCGUCUCGCAGGCGCCGCCACAUCUCGAGUUGCGUCUCCCCGCUCGCCUGUGGCCGGCUCACGUGUUUCCGAGGACGUUCCGUCGGGUGCACUCGCAGGCAGAGACGCUGCCUCGCUCUCUCCAGGCUGCUGCCUGUCUCGACAGGGAGGUAGUUCGACGGCCAUCCAAGUUUUCCUGUUUGAUUUGCCCUCGCACCACGGCUGUUCGCCCUGUGGCGGGGACGACGCCGGCGAUGACGCGGCGGGAUGGGACCUCGCGCCUUCGCAGCCUGUCUCUCCGCGGCGCUCGGGCGGCCUCUUCGCGCAAACCCGGCGCUUCACAGACGCCCUCCAGCGGCCUCUCCUGUGGAGCGAUGCCGCGCAGGGGAGGGGCUCGGACUCUUGCGAGAGCUCUGCGGCCGCGCACCAAGCGGGCUCGCCCCGCAGGCAGGCGCGGAGUGGCGCGGCGGAGACACAGGAAGGGCAAGGUCGCCGCAGGAAGGACGAGGAGGAGCGCGGAAGCGACGGGGCAGAGAGGCGCGAGGCGCAGGACGCCGAAGGCCUCGAAGCCAUUCUCUUCCACUUGCGUCGCGUGGCGAAAGUUGCCGCGGAUCUUUCGCAUGCGUUGAGCUGCUGGAGACGCGAAGAGCAGGCGCGUCGACGCCGGCUAGAAGGCCAGACGGGGCACGCAUGCCACGGGGCGCGCGAGACGAAGGAGGACUCGGGUAAGACGACAAGGCACCGAGAGCCAGGGUGUGCCCUUCACGCGUCUGCGAGGCGAUCUCCCCCUUUUUGGGCUCGUAGUCGCCGUGGAGAGGCGACGACGGAGGCGCACGGACGGGCAGCGGGGGGGGCGGCUUUUGGCCAGCGGCUGCACGCGUUCUCCUGCGUCCCGCUUCUUUCUUUCUUCCUCUGUUUUGAGUUCCUCUGGCGCAAUGUCGUCCUCUUCUUGUUCCCCCGGGCGGACCAGCGCCUGGCGCGCGCGCGCGGCCCCUGCACGCGUCCUCAGAAACGCUGGGGAGUCCAGGAAGGCAGUGCGCACGGCGACUCGACGGGCGCCGAGCCACAGACGCCGCAGCCUUUCUUUUGGGCAACGGCAGACCAUGUCCUCUCUUUGCUGUCUUCGCUGGCUGCGUGUGCGCCUCUGGUGAGGGGGUGGCGAUGCAGCGACUGCUGUACAGAUGCACGCGCUCUCGCGGCUGAAGCGCGAGAAACGGAGUCUGCAGGGGGCGAGUCGCCAAGGCGCCUCUGUACAUCUGCGGGAAGUUGGUCCGCGGCCCCAGGGCCCCCCCCCCCCAAGUGGGAGGCCUUCCUCUCAGGGACCCGGAGCCGUAGUCGCAUCUGUGGUGGGCGGCGACAGGACCCCUCGUUUUGCUCCUGCCGAGAGGCGGCCUUUGCGGGUCGUCCUGCUGAGCAUGGCGAGGGCUCCAGUUCCGGCGCGAUUUCUGCGACAGACGGCGUCCCAGCGGCUACGAGUGCAGGUCUGCGCUCUGAAGAGGGGCUCGACUGCUCGCCUGCGGGCUGUCUGGGGUGCGCCUUUUUCUCUUCUCUGUCGCCCGCAGAAGCCGACGAAAUGCUGUCGGCUCCCGCGCGCGCCUGCCGCAUCCCCAGGCAGGUCCCCUGGUACUCGUUCGUGGCGCCGCUGCGCGUUCUAGGCGUGGUGACCGGCGUGUCUCUGGAUCUCCUGAUUGGCCUGAUCGUUCCUCACUUGCUCGCUAUCCUCGUCACCGGGGUCGUCCUCCCUUCUGCGUGCUCUCCGCAGCGCCCUUUCUCGCCGCUGUCUCCUCUCGCGGCGACGCGGCCGGCCCGAGGAGACGAACUGUGUGGCAGACCCGACAUUCUCGCUCUUCUUUCAGAGGAAUUCAACCGUGCGAAGGCGUCGUUUCACUCCGCGCAGCUCGAUCCGGCGGAGUCCUGUCUGGUGCCUGCGUGGAAGUCUUCGUUUUCGGAACCCCUCUCUGUAUCUCCUUCUCUGGGUUCCCAAGCUCUGGAUGCGGCACACAGUCCCGGCGCCGGCGGAGACGUCGCUGGUCUCGCUGGCGCGGUUUUCGUCUUCCUCUCGUCUGUAUUCACCUUCUUCACCUCGGCAGGCAGCUGCCUCAUCCGCGGGCCUCCGCCGUCUCUGUUUGCGCUUUUCUCGCGCGCGUAUUGCUCUCUGCACCAGCAUCUGCUCUCUCCCCACGUGCGGUGGCUGAUGGACAACCCCGCGGGGUUCAAGUUCAACCCCAAUUUGACGAGUAUUCUCGGCUCCCUCAUUCUGACUACGUUUCACUACUGGAACGAAGCGGCCUCGGUGCUGUACGACAUCUACAUCGACCUUCGCGGCUCUAGCAGCGCCUCCUUCGCCUUGCCUCUGGCUGUCUUCUUCUUUCUUCUGAGCGCGCUCUGUGCUGCCUUGUCGCAAGUCGCCGCCUACCAGCGCGCUCUGUCCUUCCUUCAGACAGCUCUCUUCGGCGGAGGCGAGCCAGCUGACGGCGGCCAGAGGGAGGCGGCGUAUCUGCGUGCUGCACUUUGGCCGUUUUCGAGCGUUCUGUCGAGUUCCACAUGCCGAAAGGUCGCCGAGUGCAGCCUGCUGGCGCUGGAGGUCGUCCUCGGGUGGCGGGGUCCGACACGCGGGUGGGCUUGGGGCGGCGCCUUCUUCUUCGCUGCGGCCGCAGAUCUCCUUCUCUUUUCAACCGCGCACAUCUUUUACGUCUACGUGGUGUGCGCCAGGCUCAUGGAUGUCUCCCGUCGGUGCCUCUUUACUCUGUUCAGCAUGUUUCGGGGAAAAAAGUGGAACGUUCUGCGUCACCGGGAGGACACGCUAGAGUUUGAGCUGGAUCAGCUGCUGAUGGGGUGUGUGCUCUUCACCAUCAUCAUUUGCCUCUUCCCCACGGUCUUCAUCUUCUACGUCUCCUUCGCGGUCAUCUGGCUGGCGAUCCUCUUCGUCCACAGCGCCUUCCGCCUACUCGCGCUACUGGCUCGGCGGCUGCCCCUGCCUCUCAUUGUCUUGCGUUUCUUCCACCCCGGUCUGUUUCCUGGCUCAGUCAGCGUCCUCGUGCUCGAAGACGCCUCGCUCGCGAGUGCCUCGGACGGUAGCGCCGGAGAGGACGCAGAGGAAACCCCGAAACGGGGUGGCGGCGGCGACUGCGCCACGCGACUCGCCUCGAGACAACCGACAGGCGGAGGUCUCUGCAGCGUCGCCACUUCGUCCGACAGUGCGCAGGCCAGCAUCCUGCUUCGUCGGGGAGGCGCCGAUGCACGGGGUUCGGGGCCUCCUGUCGAGGUGGUCACGCGCGCAGGUACCCGACGCAAGGUGGAAGCGAGCCGGUUUUCCUUCUCGGGUGGCGCGCCGGCGGGCGUUUCCCCUGGACUUCCUUGUGCUCAAGCACGCCAGCCUGUCCGCCAGAAUCCAGUGACGUACAUCCAGCUGCAGACUCACCCCGUCAGCUGGGGCGAGAUCUUGCUGCCUACAGUCAAAGAUGCGUUGGGGCAGACCUUCCAGGUUUUCUCUCCAUCCACGCUCUUAUCCUCGUUUUGUUCUGGCAAGCCGAUCCAUUUUAAAAAGCAGACGAGACCUGCACGAAAGGGACAGACGGCGACCUGA